AUGAGUAUGAAUUUUACAGGUACUCCCACUGGUACUGGUACCGGUGGGAAUUCGUUGACUACAGAUUUGAAUCAACAAUUCGACUUGGCCAAUAUGGCUUGGGUUGGUGUAGCCGCAGCCGGUGUUUGGAUUAUGGUUCCCGGUGUUGGUUUACUGUACUCCGGUAUGUCUCGUAAAAAGCACGCUCUUUCGUUACUAUGGGCGUCAAUGAUGACCGUUUCUCUAGUCAUAUUUUACUGGUUUUUCUGGGGUUAUUCCUUAGCCUUUUCCCAUACUACUAGAGGUAAUGGAUUUUUGGGUACUUUGAAAUUCUUUGGGUUUAAGAAUGUACUCGGAGCUCCAGCUUCUGUGGACUCGCUGCCAGAUAUUUUGUUCGCAGUAUACCAAGGUAUGUUUGCAGCCGUUACCGGUGCCUUGAUGCUGGGUGGUGCUUGUGAAAGGGCACGUUUGUUACCAAUGAUGAUCUUCCUAUUCCUGUGGAUGACUAUUGUCUAUUCUCCACUUGCAUGUUGGACUUGGAAUGCUGAAGGUUGGUUAGCUACUCUAGGGUCCCUGGAUUAUGCAGGUGGUGGCCCAGUGCACAUCUCAUCAGGCCAUGGUGCUCUUAUCUAUGCUUUGAUUCUGGGGAAGCGUAACGAUCCAGUUGCUAAGCCCGGGAUGCCCAAGUACAAACCACACUCUGUUACUUCCAUAGUUUUGGGGACAGUUUUCCUAUGGUUUGGCUGGCAAUUCUUUAACCCAGGUUCCGCUGGUAAUGCCACCAUCAGAGCUUGGUACUCUGCUAUGAACACCAAUUUGGCAGCUGCCGCCGGUGGUCUCACAUGGAUGUUUAUCGAUUUUUUCAGAUUCGGAGGUAAAUGGACCACUGUCGGCCUAUGUUCCGGUAUUAUUUCCGGUCUUGUUGGUAUUACUCCAGCGGCAGGGUUUGUCCCCAUUUGGUCGUCAUUUAUCAUUGGUGUCGUAUCCGGUGCCGGUUGUAACCUCGCUACUGAUUUAAAGAAUUUCUUGCACAUCGAUGAUGGGUUAGAUGUUUGGGCAUUACAUGGUGUUGGUGGCAGCAUUGGUUGUGUAUUUACAGGUAUUUUCGCAGCAGACUACGUUAAUUCCACCGCUGGUAGUUAUACUGCGCCAAUUGCCGGUGGUUGGAUAAAUCACCACUGGAAACAAGUUGGCUACCAGUUAGCAGCUAUGUGUUCAGUUAUCGCAUGGACCGUCACCUGUACAGCUAUUCUCUUAUUUUCCAUGAACCUGGUACCAUUUUUGAGACUAAGAUUGAAACCAGAAGAGGAAGAGUUGGGAACGGAUGAAGCUCAAAUUGGUGAAUUUACCUAUCACGAAGAUACCCUAUACAUUCCAGAACCCGUGCGUUCCAAGAACUCUGUUGCUCCACCAAUGGAGAACAUUGAUGACAAAAUUGCCCAAACUGUGGAGGAAGGAGGAAACUCAUCCACUGCAGAAUCCGGUGUUGAGUCUGGCCAACCCCAGAACGAAAAAUAA